AUGAGAGGUCCCUACCUGGCUGUCGCCUGCAGCGCGCUGGUGUGCGCUAUUCCGACCAGGCCGCCAUUACCAGCACAAACAAUUCCCGGCGUGGACGCAAUCGCUGCAAGGGCUCCAGCACCCACGGCUGCCUUUGACCCGAUACGCCGUGGUCUUGGCGACGAUAUCAAGAGUUAUGUCGAUGGUCUAGCCAGCGGGGUUGAGAGCAAGCUCUCGUCGUUUGUCGAGUCUGGCAUCUUAAACUAUCCCAAUGGCUUUCCUGCUGGCACAGCAGUGGAAAAAUCACUCGGAGUCUCCAACGCUGCACUUGAUGCGCUGCCUACUCAAGUCAUGAACCUUCCAUCGUACGGGAACUGGACCAACGGUUCAUGGAGCCUUCGAAUCCACGGCAACGUGUACAAGCUCCCCAACGUCUCUCAGAGCAAGAUUGACGACCUUGCCGACGACUUUUUGAUCGGAACCAGCGUGAAAGACCUAAAUUCAACGGAGCAAGCACAAGCUCGCAAUGUGACGCGGUCUAUCUUUGUCAUUCAACAAGCCAACCGAAACGUGACAAUGAACCUGGUAAACGACGUCGCCGUACGAGCUAAUGCGUCCGGAGGGGCCAUCAACGCGAGAGGCGGUGCGCAGAUCGUUCAUAUGCCCUACAACACGACCAUGGAAGGCGACUUUGACGCAUUUGUUGAGCUCAAGAACACCACGGGGCCUAGAGGAGGAUACUUGAUUCCGGGAAAUGAGACUUUUGAAAUCCAAACUCUGAACGUGUACACCAAGGGAACCGACUCUGGCAAUGCAACUGCCUAUCUUGUACCUCCAACUGGAUUAACCGUCAUUUCAGACAUUGAUGAUAUUCUGCGAGUGACCAAGAUUUAUGAACCAAAACAAGGCAUCUUGAACACCUUUGCUAGACCAUUUACACCUUGGUUGAACAUGCCGGAAAUCUACGCCAAUUGGUCGGCAUCAAUCAAAAAUACGCAUUUUCAUUAUCUCACGACCACCCCAGAGCAAGCCACGAGGACCUACAUGGAGUUCAUCUACAAGACAUAUCCACUGGGAUCCUUUGACACGAGACCACUCAACUUCUCAGACAUCAAAGCCACGCUGCACAUUCGUCGCUUCCUGCUGGACAAGGUUUUCCAAACGUUCCCCAAGCGGAGGUUCAUCCUCGUUGCUGACACCAGCAACCACGACGUUAUGGUAGCCUACCCGGCCAUGUUUCAUGACUAUCCCGGACAGGUAGCAUGCAUUCUUUUGCGAAACACCAGUUCAACUGAUGCUGGUGACAAGUUUCCAUACGACACGUCGGGUUUCAAGGGGAUUCCGCAGGACAAUUACAUGUUCUUCAACGUUCCAAACGACUUGACCCACCUCGACGUCGAGAACGGGCACUGCAUCAACAAGACAAUUUCUCAGAACGUUACUUUUGGGCAACAGGGAUUGCCUUUUGGUCUCGGGGACAAGGGUAGCUCUGCGGGGCAGAUCAGAGCGCCGACCAUUGCAGCUAUUCUAACGCCACUGGUGGCCAUGGUUCCGCUACUGCUGUUGUAG